GCGACGAGCUUUUUGUCCAAAGACAAGAGGUACGUACCCUCCUAGCACCCACCUACCAUCCACAAGCUUUAAACCGCGACUUGUGUGGUUUUUGGACGCGACUUUUGUGCCCCUCUCACUCACGUCCUACUUAUUUACCUUUUGAUCUCGUUCCUGUUUUUCCCUUUCCUUUUCUCAACAGAUACAAGACGCGUUAAAGAGAUUUGGACGCGAUUUUGCUUUCAAUACCUUACUCGGGAGAAAAGAUUGGUGAUAGCAAUGGACGCCACCACACAAACCCAAACCCAAACCCCCCGCGUCCCACUCGGCUCUUUGAAUCCCAACAACGCGUCUUCGCCAACAAAGAAGGGGAUGUUGCAAAGCCCGUUCGAGUCACAGACGAAGAUGAUGCAAACGCGUACGCCGCCCGAGACGGGGGUCAAGAAGAGGGUGUUGUCUGGGACUGGAACAGUCGAUUCCUCGCCCACAGCUUCGAGGGCAGCGGCGGAAGAGGAGAGGGUGGUAAAGAAAGCUAGGUUAAGCUACUCCUCAUCACCGCCCGCAUCAGCAGGGUCAGCGUCGUCGGUGUUUUCCAGCCCGCACCACCACCACCACCUUCCCCUCCUUGAGGAGGGUGAGGGGGAUGUCUCCAUGGUUACCACCAUUCCUGAUUCAACACCUGCACCAGCACCGGCAUCGGUAUCGGUACCGGCAUCGGUAUCGGUAUCGGCAUCGGCAUCGGCAUCGGCAUCGGUGCAGAGGAGGAGUUUGACGCGUGAACAGGCUCGUCAGAAAGCGGAAAUCUUACGGUUGAGGCUUGGGUUGGCGAAUUACAAGGUGAGGACGGGGCAGGAGGAUGUUUCGUUGGAUCAGUUGGAGAGGAGGCUGAUGGUGAGGCUUUGGGGUGGGGAGGGGAGGGUGAGGGAGCAGGGAGGUGAGAGGUCGUCGCAGCAACAGCAUCAGAGAUGUGGUUCGCAGCAGAUGUUACCGCCGUCGACGUCCAGGGGGACGCAUCAUCAGAGGAGGAGCAGUGGGGCGGGGGUUGUGGAAGAGAAGGAAAAUUGGAGGGAGGGGCUCUGGGAGGUCAUGAGACGGAGGGAGGCGGAGAGACAACAACAACAACAGCAACAGCAACAGCAACAGCAGCAGCAGCAGCAGCAACUAUUGCAGGAAGAUAGGGGGGAGGAGACGGAGGGGGAGGGGGAGGAGUUGGAACUGCCUAGGUUGCCGAGGGAAGAGGGGGAUAAUAGGGGGUUGGAGGCUGUGGGGGGGUUGUUGAGUUUGGCUAGGGGUUAG